UCACGAUGGUUUAUUCAUUGCAAGACAUAGAAAACACAUCGAUCAAACUAUGCCAUAUCACUAUUACUACUUUCUUUCUGUAGUAUAGACUUCAGUUCACUUUUCUCUUAGACCUCUUAGACCUCUUAGACGUAUACACAAUACACACCAAAAUCCAACAUGCCUAUCGCUCUUACACCACCUCCGGUUCCCGAAGCCAAAAAGCUCGGAGAUACCAAGGCUCAACCCGCAAACAAGCGAAAGAUUAUCUGCUUUUCAGAUUUUGACGGCACAAUCUUCAUGCAAGACACCGGCCACGUGCUCUUCGACAACCACGGGUGCGGCUCCGAGCGGCGGGAGAAGCUCGACGAGCAGAUCAAGAGCGGGGAGCGGUCCUUCCGGGACGUGUCGGAGGAGAUGUGGGGGUCGCUGAACGUGCCGUUCGACGACGGGUUCGAGGUCAUGAAGAAGAACCUCGAGAUCGACCCGGACUUCGAGGGCUUCCACCGGUACUGCCUCGCCCACGACAUCCCCUUCAACGUCAUCUCCGCGGGCCUCAAGCCCAUCUUGCGAAGGGUCCUCGACACCUUCCUCGGGGAAGAGGCCUCGUCGCGCAUCGACAUCGUGGCCAACGACGCGCACAUCUCCGCCGACGGCUCCGAGUGGAAGCCCAUCUGGCGCCACGACACGGAGCUCGGGCACGACAAGGCGCAGUCCAUCACGGAGGCGCGGCGGCAGGCGGAAGAAGACCUGCGCAGCGAGCGCGGGGGCGCGGCGGUGGUGCCGCUGAUCGUGUUCAUCGGCGACGGCGUGUCGGACCUGCCGGCGGCGCGGGAGGCGGACGUGCUGUUCGCGCGGCGGGGCCUGCGGCUGGAGGAGUACUGCCGGGAGCACGCGAUCGCGUACGUGCCGUUCGACACGUUCGCCGACAUCCAGCGGGAGAUCGAGCGGAUCCGGCAGGAGGACGAGCGGGAGACGGGCGGCAGGGGCGCCCCCGCGCGAUUCAACCCGCGCGCGAACCUCUGGCGCCGCGUCUCCAGCCAGAGCGCCGUGCCCCGCUACGUGCUCAUGUCCCCGACCAAGGAGGACAAGAUGUUCCUCUGGCCCGAGGCCUUCUCCGAGCUCAAGAAGCCCGAGCUCGAGGUCACGGAAAACCUCAUCCCGGCUGUCGAGGGAACACUUCCUGCGCAGCAGCUAGUGCAGCCGGUGCAGGCAUAAGAGGUGCGGAGAGAUGCUUAGGUAGUUGGGGACUCUAGAAUGCACGCACGACGCCAUGGCUGGCUGCAUUGUCUCAUAUCAGAGGGUUUUAUAUUGCAUAUCACGGCGUUUUCUGAGGUUUACUUUUUCUUUUCAAGAGCAUCAUAUAGCGAAUAU